AGAAGUAGGAUUAUAGAUUUUUGUUCACCGCAGUAGGGCUCAAGCACUGUAUGUUGCCCGGCCAGAAUUCAACUGCUUGGAAUGGCUGUACUAAUCUUCAUUGUUAGGCCCUACCUGUCCAGAUGCCCAGGACAAUGCAGAGCUCUGCUGAAAGACCAUUGUCCUCUGAGUUCUUUGGUGGCGACCGAAAUGUUCAGUAUACAUCUGUCAAUCUGACAGUUUUCCUACACUGCCAACUUUCCAAAUGUCAACAACCGACUUGAUUUGAAGACGGCCAGGUCUGCAAGACCGGUACUGCAUCCCCUAUACCUUCAUAUUGCUGGCUAUAACACACAAGCUAGCAUGUAUUGGUUGGGGUGAAGCUGUUCGAAAGUCAGAGAGACAGAAUGGAUUGACCCGAAAGAAGCCUCACAGACAAAGAGUCACAAAUGGCUAUAUUGUUGGCAAUGGAAGCCUCCUUUGGGGGUCUCCUUUGGGAGAUUUCUACAAAGUGAAUGGGACUCUCCACGGAUUGCUCCAGGAUUGUUACUACAUUAACGCUGUUGCACCUCAUCUUAUUUGGGCUGGUCUCUCUUCUCCUCAUAUCUCUCUACAUACUUUUUUAUCCUCUUCUUAACUGUCAAAGACAGCAUCCUGCAUCAAAUUACAUUGAUUACUCUUUACCACCCAGUUCUUGCUUGCCAUCCACAGAAAAGUAGCUUUAUAUUAGCACAGUUCCUUUUUAACAAUGGCCUCUAUUAUUUGGAGUUACAUGAUGAGUAUCUCUGGACAAACCCAGGAGGCAACUUCUCUUCCAGCUGGCAGUGAUAGGAGCAACGGCUUUGAAAUCAUCGAUGCUGUCGACAUCCCGGACGACAACUGCCAGAUGGACAAGGGACAGAGCGGCAGCGACGAUGACAUGGUCGUAGUCGUCUCGAAAUCUGACCUUGACCUCGAGGAUGACUCUGAAACUGAGCCUUUUCCUGGCUACUAUGAGAACUGUGAGAGCACCCAGAAUAUCGAUCGUCAGGUUGAGGCGUCAUACAAUUUUGCUAUGCCAAAGGUCUCUGAAGCGGCCACAAAAUUCAUGCUCGAGACUGACUCUGAACUGGAUGUCUCCUACCCCAGUGAAUUUAGCAACAGGAGCUCUGGCAACGCGGAGACAUACGUCCUAAACGAUAUACAGACCCUGACCUGGCACCCGGGUAUCGACUCGGCCAUUUGUGACCACUUUCGAUUUAUGAUCAACAUGGUUCUUAGAGUCAACCAUGCCCUGAGCUAUUUGCGUGAGUACUUUCCUGAAACGAACAGCCUCGAGGGCAUAGAUCGGGCUACCGAUGUCUCCAGGAUGGCAAGCAAGAUUGAAAAGCGGAUUGUCGAUAUCCACGAGCGUGCCAAGAACGAUACUCUGGCCGCCGAGAACACUGAAUUGAUGCUUCGUAACCUCAGCAAGGCCAGCAUGGCGGACCCGGCCCUUCUCUAUGAGCGAAUGGUGAAAAUAGCGGCACGGAACCUCCGCAAGCCUCCUAUCGUGGAGAGUAUGUUCGUGAAGAAGCUUCUGAAGCUGUACGAAGUCUAUGUCUUCGAACCCUAUGCGAACGUCUAUGUCGGUUGGAUAGGUGCCAACAACGGAGACACGGGCGAUGUCAAUCCUGCAUUCAAGGCAAUGCAUUCUUGUGUGAUCAAGCUGCAGAAAUUGCUCAACGAAUGUGUCUCGAACUCGGAAUCCUAUAUCACCUCGCUGAACCGUUGCAAAACUCAGUACAUCCAGCCAGUCAUGCUGCGACUGAGCAAGGUUCCCAGAUUCGCGAGGGAUGAAUUGUUGGACAAACCAGUUGAGGAAUAUUGGACUGCGCGUGGUGGGGAUCUUAUGUGCAUUUGGGGUUGGUGAACGAGGGUGAGAUUGCAAGUUAUAAGUCCUCCUUGAAUAUGACAGACUACGAUUCUGACAAAUUACGAUCACAAUGGAUACCCCUGCACUUAUUUCAGGCUAGUUCUUCAAACUUUACAGGUUAUUUCGCUUUCUGGAUUAUGCUGGAUGUGCUGCGUGCGUGUAUGUAGACCACCUUGGAGAAGAAUCAAAACAAUCCACCG